CCACCUCCGCUCUGCUGGAACGCUUUGCUCGCGGCACUAUCUCUCCAUAAAGUUGUUGUUGCGGCUUCCGCCGCGGGUGGAGGAAGAUGGCGUCGGGUGGUGGUGGCUGUAGCGCUUCGGAAAGACUCCCUCCCCCCUUCCCCAGCCUGGAACCGGAGUUCGAGGGGGCGACUGGGGGGUCGGAACCCGAAGCGGGGGACAGUGACACCGAGGGGGAGGAUAUUUUCACCGGCGCCGCGGCGGCCAGUAAGCCCCAGUCUCCAAAGAGAAUUGCUUCCCUUCUUCCCAUCAACAAUGGCUCCAAAGAAAACGGUAUCCAUGAGGAACAAGACCAAGAGCCACAGGAUCUCUUUGCAGAUGCCACAGUGGAGCUAUCCUUGGACAGCACACAAAAUAAUCAGAAGAAGCUGCCAGCCAAAACGCUCAUUUCUCUUCCUCCACAGGACGCCACAAAUUCUUCUAAGCUCCAGCCAAGCUAUGAGGAGCUAGAGGAAGAAGAACAGGAAGACCAGUUUGAUUUGACAGUCGGCAUAACUGAUCCUGAGAAAAUAGGGGAUGGUAUGAAUGCCUAUGUGGCCUACAAAGUUACAACACAGACGAGCUUACCAAUGUUCAGAAGUAAACAGUUUUCAGUGAAAAGAAGAUUUAGUGACUUUCUGGGUCUUUAUGAGAAGCUUUCAGAGAAACACUCCCAGAAUGGCUUUAUUGUCCCUCCUCCACCAGAGAAAAGCCUAAUAGGAAUGACGAAAGUAAAAGUUGGGAAGGAAGAUUCUUCUUCUGCAGAGUUUCUUGAAAAACGGAGGGCUGCCCUAGAAAGGUACCUUCAGAGGAUUGUGAAUCAUCCUACCAUGGUACAGGACCCUGAUGUCAGGGAGUUCUUGGAAAAAGAGGAGCUGCCACGCGCCGUGGGUACCCAGACAUUGAGUGGCGCUGGUCUCCUCAAGAUGUUCAACAAAGCCACAGAUGCGGUCAGCAAAAUGACCAUCAAGAUGAAUGAAUCAGACAUUUGGUUUGAGGAGAAGCUCCAGGAGGUAGAAUGUGAGGAGCAGCGCUUACGCAAACUGCAUGCCGUUGUAGAAACUCUAGUCAACCACAGAAAAGAGCUAGCGCUGAACACAGCCCAGUUUGCAAAGAGUCUUGCCAUGCUCGGGAGCUCUGAGGACAACACGGCCUUGUCACGGGCACUCUCCCAGCUGGCUGAGGUGGAAGAGAAGAUCGAGCAGCUCCACCAGGAACAGGCCAACAAUGACUUCUUCCUCCUUGCCGAGCUCCUGAGUGACUACAUUCGCCUCCUGGCCAUAGUCCGCGCCGCCUUUGACCAGCGCAUGAAGACGUGGCAGCGCUGGCAGGACGCUCAAGCCACACUGCAGAAGAAGCGGGAGGCCGAGGCUCGGCUGCUGUGGGCCAACAAGCCUGACAAGCUGCAGCAGGCCAAGGACGAGAUCAUAGAGUGGGAGUCUCGGGUGACCCAGUAUGAAAGGGACUUUGAAAGGAUUUCAACUGUGGUCCGAAAAGAAGUGAUACGGUUUGAGAAAGAGAAAUCCAAGGACUUCAAAAACCACGUGAUCAAGUACCUUGAAACACUCCUGUAUUCACAGCAGCAGCUGGCAAAGUACUGGGAAGCCUUCCUUCCUGAGGCAAAGGCCAUCUCCUAACGGACUGAGGACACCAGAGCCCACCUGCCUGACGCUGCCUUUUUAUACACUGUCCUCCUCCACCUCUGCUGGACCCCAGUGUGCAUCCUGCCUAGCCUGGACCUCACCCCUUCCUCCCUGCCCCAUGACCAAACUGUCCCCAGCCACUCUAACAUCACUUCAGUUAGCUUCCAUAUAUAUUUUCUUACCUGAGAGAAUAGUUUCUUGCUUUAAGCAAAAGACCUAUAAUAGGUGGUGGAAUUAUGGGAUGGGGUGGAGUAUUGAUAUAAAUAUAUAAAUACAAAUGUAUAUUUUUCAGGAUGUGGUUAGUGAACUGGGAAUAACGUUUUCUGUUACUCCUGAUGGUGCCAUGAAAAGAUUAUGUAAUAAAAUACUUUAAAAUCAGG